AAAAUGGAUUCGUACACGUCAUCUGACGAAGACGCCUCUCGAAAAGAAAAUAUUUCAGACGAAGGCUUGAAUAUGUUGAAUGCAUCGCCGGAGCCAAUGGAGGAAGAUGAUCCAGAGGAGCAGGCGGAACAAGAAGAAGAAACCAGCAGAAUGGCUCGUCCUAUAAGAUCCAUGAGAAAACGCGAAACAACGUCUGGGGAAUCAAUGGGCGAUGAGGAUGAAGAUUUGGAGGAUGAAGAGGACGAAGAUGAAGAAGCUGAAGCUCGUGAGCAUCAUGAAAGUGGUGCUCAUGACACAUCUUUCUCAAAUCCACUUUCCAACGUCGACAAUCUAAUCCACGUGGGAACCGAAUAUCAGGCGAUUAUACAGCCAACUGCAGAGCAAUUGGAAAAAGAACCGUGCAGAGAUCAACAAAUUUGGGCGUUUCCAGACGAAAUGAACGAGAAUCGGCUUACAGAAUACAUUUCAGAAGCUACUGGACGAUAUCAAUUACCUAUAGAUAGGGCUCUGUUCAUUCUGAACAAACAGUCAAAUGAUUUCGACGCUGCGAUGGUUCAAGCGAUGAGAAGAAAAGAAAUUCAUGAUGAUUGGACGGCAGAAGAAAUUAGUCUUUUCUCCACUUGCUUCUUUCAUUUCGGAAAACGGUUCAAGAAGAUUCAUGCGGCUAUGCCCCAACGCUCGCUUUCUUCCAUUAUCCAAUACUAUUACAACACGAAAAAAGUGCAAAACUAUAAAACAAUGAUUAAUGUGCAUUUGAAUGAAACCGACACUUAUGAUGAACUAUUCAAAGAGGUCAAUCAUUUGGAGAGGGUUCCGUCGGGAUAUUGUGAGAAUUGCAAUGCAAAAAGUGAUCUGUUGAUUCUAAAUCGUGUAAUGUCGCGUCACGAAUGUAAACCGUGUAUCCUUUAUUUCCGUUUGAUGCGUGUUCCACGUCCGGCAAGCCUCCGUGCACUGACAAAACGACGGCAACGAGUUUUAUGUCCAGAAUACAUGAAAAUUUAUGUAUACGGAUAUCUUGAGCUCAUGGAGCCAGCCAACGGAAAAGCGAUCAAACGGCUUGGAAUUGGAAAAGAAAAAGAAGAAGACGAUGAUAUUAUGGUGGUCGACGACUGCCUUCUCCGUAAACCAUCAGGCCCCUACAUUGUGGAGCAAUCGAUUGAAGCUGAUCCAAUCGAUGAGAAUACGUGCAGAAUGACACGGUGCUUCGAUACACCGGCUGCACUGGCAUUAAUUGAUAAUAUCAAGAGAAAACAUCAUAUGUGUGUUCCACUUGUUUGGAGAGUUAAACAAACGAAAUGUAUGGAGGAGAACGAAAUUCUGAAUGAAGAAGCCCGUCAACAAAUGUUCCGUGCAACAAUGACAUACAGCCGUGUACCAAAAGGAGAAAUUGCAAAUUGGAAGAAAGAUAUGAUGGCGUUGAAGGGAAGAUUCGAGAGAUUUACUCCUGAACUAGAUACUACUGCAACAAAUGGCAAUCGAUCUGGAAAAGUCAGGAUAAAUUAUGGUUGGAGUCCUGAGGAAAAGAAGAAUGCUAUUAGAUGUUUCCACUGGUACAAGGACAAUUUCGAGUUGAUCGCCGAGUUGAUGGCCACAAAAACUGUGGAACAAAUCAAAAAGUUCUAUAUGGACAAUGAAAAGCUAAUUUUGGAGUCAAUCGACACGUAUCGCGCCGAGCUCAAGUCAAAACUCGGCAAAUAAUUGGAUCCGCUGUGUUUUUUUUAAAUUUUCAAUUUAACUUAAUAGGUGGCCCAAAAAAAAUUUCGGCCUUGAACCCCUUUUUUCUCGUUGGCUUAAAAAGUUCUUCUCGGCCACGUCGUCACAAGCUUUGUAUUCACAAGGAUCUCAUCGUAUUACAUUCCACAUAUUUUUCCCGCCACGUGGCAUAAUACUCAUGUUCUCAUUUCUAUAUAUUGACUUUUGAACCUUUGUCGGGCAUAAUUUGAAAAUAUUGUUUUUAGCCCAUUUUUUGCAUAUUUUUUUGUACCCCAUCCAAAUGUCCGCCCCCUUCUCCCCAUUUAACCCAUAUUUUCCGACACAAAUGCUUUAAUCGCUCUCAUAUAUUCAUUUUUUGUUAACGAAUUUGAAUCAUGAUUAUCGUAUCCUGGAUAAACGAAAAAUUUUC